GCCAAACAUUCGACAUCAAGAUGCGUUUCUAUCUGCUCUUCUUUUUCGCUCUGAGCUGUGCCCUGCUGCACCUCUCCACGGCUGGAGUUAAUGUGGUUCGUGGCCUGGAGGCCGCUGGUCAUCAUGGCAACUCCACUGGAGGACCGCCACGUGGGGUUCGACCACCACCACCAUCCACAACAGCCAGCUCAUCGGGAUAGCUACAGGCUUAAAUUCCAGCAAGGAUCCUUCCCAUUGAUUUACCCCCCAAAACGAAACGGAAUGUGAACCCUAUAACUAUGUAGUUUUUUAGCUGUUUUAAAUAAAAUCACGUUUUCCAGCAAACUUAA